GCUGCAUUUCAGCGAGAGACUUGUCGUGCUGUCCUGCUGCUUUUUUGGGUCGCCAUGAGCGCAGCAUCUGAAGAAGAGCUUCAGUUUUUGCAGGAACUUCCCAUCGUGAUCCGUGACAGCAUGGACGUCAUCAGCAACCUGCUGGUGGUGCUCCUAUGUUUUGUGCUGCGGAAAAGUGCGCUCAUCAAAGAUGAGCAUUUGCCUGGGAUUGCUGCGAUGACAUUCAAAGUUUGCCUGCCAGCGCUUGUCCUGACCGUGCUGUGGUCCGCAAAUCUUCGAGCAGAGCUGUUCCAGGCGAUUGGGUGGUCAGCACUGGUCAGCGCGGCAUGGAUUCUGCUCGUUACGCUCCUCGUUCAGCUGCCGAUUUUCCCGAUGGCUGAGCGUGGAUUCAUGGCAAUGGCAACUUCUGGUGUGGGCAUUGCGUACGUGAUUCCUGUGGUGCUGGGGUCAGAAAAGUUCUCGCCGGAUGACGUGGGUUUCGCCGCCAUGUUCGACGUGGGCGGGAACAUGCUCGUUGGCAUUUGCUACUAUGGGGUGAUGAACUCCAUCUAUGCGUCGGCGAACCCCACCGCCCUAAAAGAUACGAAGGAUGAAGAGGCUCCUGCAACACCGCCCGCUGGGACCAUCGCCAUGGUAUCGGAGUUGCCCGUGCGGACCACAUCCGAGCCACCAACUGCGCACAGGAGCGAGGCGACGGAAGUCACAAGCACUUCCAGAGAGCUCCUGCGGCGUUGCCAGGAGCUCAGCAUACGCCUCUUCACGAAUCCCUUGAUCUGCGCCCUGUUCGGGGGUGUGAUGCUGAACCUUUGCCAGGUUCCGCUGUACCCCGUGCCUGUGCAAGCACUUCGAGCACUGAGCGGGGCGUUCCCGCCCUUGCUAUAUGCAUUUCUAGGCGCGACUCUGAAGUUCAAGCUCGGCAGGAAGUCCUACGGCAUGGUGGGACGGGCGCUUUUCUUCCGCUUGUGCUUGUGCCUGAGCAUGUUCAGCCUCAUCAAGUACGUCCUCCCAUUAGAGGCCUGACAUCAGCCUGGGCAUUUUGACUUUUGGAGGAUGGCAACUGCAAGUCUGGCAAAAUUGAACUAUGAGGCUUUCGGGCUCAGUCAGCUGUAAGAAGUCACGCUGGGCCAGAGGUGAUGUUGUCAGCUGCCUGAUUCUGCCUGCACAGGAUCCAAUGUCGAGCGUGCUCGCCCUCACCACGGUCUGUCCGAUGGCAUCAACCUUUUUGAUGUACGCGAUACAAAGUGGGUAUGCCGAGGAAGCUGCGAUCACGUACAGCCUCGCCGCAAUACUGUCCAUCGUGAUUCUGAAGCUCUUGGUGACAAUCGUUUAACUACCGGUGCUGGCUGGAUAGCAUGACGCUUGCUUCAAAGAUGGAGCAGACCGGAAGCCGUGGGCAGCUUGCACUCGGACACAUACUUGGAGGGUCUCCCAUAAACAUCGCGAUAGAGCACAGCCCAUUGUAUCCCAAAUUUGCAUGACUGGUUCGUCAGCUUCAGGCGGUCCGAAGAUGCGCCCAGUCGAUUUUGCUACCUCGCUGAAUUCUUGGUCUGCAGAUGCGCGGAAUACGUGCACAAAGUUCAUUGCUGCUCAGCUCAUGUACGGGAGUUGCACGGCGAGCAGAAACUCAACUAGCCUGAGGGGGCUGGUGUUUUGCACGUGUUGCUUUGCUGGAAUUACUUGUAGCAUGGUUUUUGCGGGCCCAGGCGUUUACAGGACACAACAGGAA